AUGAAUGAUAUUAUAUUGAUUUAUUUAAUAUGUGCACCUAUAUCGAUCAUUGGUUCACUCUUUAUCAUUAUUACAUGGGGACUGUUUGCAAAGGUCGGUCAGCAUAGUGGAUCGAAUUUUAUAUUCUUUCAAAGUAUAGCUGAUUUAAUAUUUACUUUUAAAUAUAUCCUUACUAUUAUAUUAUAUUAUGCAGGAGUGGAGCAGUUUGACGAUUCGGUGGUAGAUACGAAAUCGUCGUCGGCAGUAUGCUUCUUCUUGGGUAUGUGGGGACAGUACUUUGGACAGGCGACAGUCAUGUGGAGUUUCAUGAUGACCGUCAAAGUAUUCCUAUCGUUCUUCUACGCCAACAUCGAUAACAGCAACAGCAUCAAGUGGUAUCACAUCUUUGUAUGGUCAUUCUGCGGUAUCAAUGCAAUCAUUAUCGCUGCAUUCAAACAAUAUGGUCCAAGUUCAAAUGGUUUCCAUUGUGAUUUUAAUGUUGAUUCUUUGGAAGAUGCAGAGAAAUAG